GAAAGAGACUAAGAGGCAAUGUGUGUAGGUCAGUCAGCAUUAUAAAGUUAGUCAGCCUGCUACACCAGGGCAAUCUGUUGUAAGAGGCGCGACAUUUCACUGUACUCACACAUGACAUACUAAACUGACUGACUAGCAGCCGGUAUAGCUGAACGAAGGAUAUACAUACACAUACAGACAGAGAGCGAGGUUAGUUGAUAGAAGAAAAACAUGGAACGUAACGAUUCCACGUGUCCCGUCCGGGACAGUGGAGUUAAUAGAGAGAUUCCAGAAAAAGAUAUCGACAACAUCGUUGCGGACCAUAGACAAGCGAUGUAUAUUGGUUUGAGGUUACCUAAGAGACCUCGACGUCCAGUAAAAAAAUCAAGAUCAAAGAAACAAGGCGACAAAGUGGCUCCGUCUGGCGGAAAUGUUUCUGUACCAGUGUAUUUAUCCCCUUCUGAGCAAAUACAGAACCUUUUGGGCGAGGUUGAGGAUGAGGAACAUGUCACGCAUGAUGUUUUCUGUCAAAUGGAUAACCUGCAGAAUUCUAAUGGAGAUUAUCAUUGGAGUGAAGCUGCCAGAUGGGUGAAAUAUGAAGAAGAUGUUGAGGAAGGAGGAGAAAGAUGGUCGAAACCUCAUGUGGCAUCUUUAUCUUUACAUUCCUUGUUCGAACUGCGAAGCUGUAUGAUGUCUGGUGCUGUGAUGCUAGACAUGGAUGCACAUAAUCUAUCUCAAGUGAUAGAUCUCCUCCUGGACAACCUUAUAAACUGUAAACUCCUUGAAGAGUGUAUGCGAGAUAAAAUACGAUCAACCGUCGUCCGACCACACGUCCAUCAGCACACUAAACGCAAGAAGAGUACAAUUCCCACUAAUGAUGACCAGAGAUUCCGAAAAACCGUAAAAAGAACGUUUUCAGAAAUUGGACGUCAAUUCUCAGGAAAUUUCAAGGGUUCGAGUCACUCAACGUUGGCCCCAACGAAGCCAGACUCUUUGCUAAAAGGAAUCAACAGUAGUCCAAAUAUUGAAAUGAUGAAUGGUGGACUUCCAGAAUCAGCAUCUUCUCUAAAGCUGAAUGAACAAUUUAUGAAGAAGAUACCUACGGGAGCAGAAGUGGCAAAUAUUUUGGUUGGUGAAAUAGACAGUCUUAAAUAUCAAGUGACGGCUUUCAUCAGACUCCAGCAUCCAAGAUUAAUGGACAUGGCUGAAGUGCCGCUUCCAACUCGGUUUGUUUUUUUCUGUUUGGGACCACCUGGAAGUCAUGGGAAGGUCUAUGAAAUUGGACGAUCCAUCUCAACUAUAAUGGUAGAUGAGGUUUUUGGAGAGGUUGCUUACAAAGCCAGAGGAAGGCAAGAUCUAUUAGCUGGCAUUGAUGAAUUUUUAGAUCAAGUCACUGUUCUGCCGCCUGGUGAGUGGGACCCUAAUAUUCGUAUAGAACCACCUGCUGUUGUGCCACCACAGGGAAACCGCAAGUCAGUUAAACCUACUUCAGUUUGUGCAAAACAGGAUGAAGAGGAGGAGCUUUCCCAUUGUGAUCCAACUUUAGUUAGAACUGGAAGCCUAUUUGGCGGUCUUAUAGCAGAUGUAAAACGGAAAGUAAAAUGGUACGCGAGUGACUUUAAAGAUGCACUACAUUUACAAUGUAUCGCCAGUAUUAUUUUUCUCUACCUUGCUACACUAACACCAAAUGUAACAUUUGGAGGACUUCUGGGUCAAGCCACUGAUCAGUACAUGGGAACAAUGGAAUGUAUCUUGACUGCUGCCAUUACUGGAGUUGCAUAUGCAUUAUUUUCUGGACAACCACUGAAUAUUUUAGGGAGCACUGGUCCAAUGUUAGUCCUGGAGAUGAUACUUUACUCAUUCUGCAAAGAAAGAGAUCUGGAUUUCCUACCAUUAAGAUGUUGGAUUGGAUUGUGGACAACUCUAAUCUUACUACUGGUGGUGGCUUUUGAUCUGAGUGCUUUAGUUAGAUACAUAACUCGUUUUACUGAAGAAAGCUUUGCUUGCUUGAUUGCCAUCAUCUUCAUUGCUGAAGCCUUUAAGAAGAUAAUUGGCAUAAAUGAUGACUACAAACUCCAUACAAAUGUGCCGGACACCGGCGUUGAAUGUAUGUGCUUGUUGCUUCCAAACGAUACUGCAAACAGUACAGCAAACAAUACUGCAAGCAAUAUUACAAACAAUAUUGAAAGCAAUUUCUCACUGCCCUUUGAUAAUAUAACAGACACAAUACCAAUUGAUAAUGAGUUUACUAAACUCAAUUGUUCCAGCAUUGGUGGUAUAAUCACUGGUGACUGUGUCUUCAUGCCUGAUGUCUUUCUCUUAUCAAUUCUGCUGUUCAUUGGGACAUUUACCAUUGCAAAUACCUUACAGAGUUUUAAGACCAGUCGUUUUUUUCCAACUUGGGUUCGUCACAAUCUCAGUGACUUUUCAGUUCUAAUUUCAAUUAUAAUAAUGGUUGGUAUUGACAUGCUUCUUGGUAUCCCUACUCCGAAGCUUGAGGUACCUAAAAAGUUUAAGCCAACACGAUCUGACCGUGACUGGUUCAUCAACCCUAUUAGUGAUAAAAAUCCUUGGUGGAUGAUUUUAGCAUGUUGUAUACCAGCCUUGUUGGCAGUCAUCCUUAUUUUCAUGGACCAACAGAUUACAGCUGUGAUUGUGAACAGGAAGGAGAAUAAAUUAAGGAAAGGAAACGGGUAUCAUUUGGAUUUAUUUAUUGUAGCAAUUUGUAUAGCUAUUUGUUCAGUACUUGGACUGCCUUGGUAUGUGGCAGCUACUGUGUCAGCUUUGGCACACAUCAUGAGUCUGAAACGGGAAUCAGAAUGUACAGCUCCAGGUGAAAGACCAGCAUUCCUUGGUGUGAGAGAACAACGUGUGACUGCGUUGAUGGUUGGUCUUCUGAGUGGUCUCUCUGUCCUGUUUACUUCUGUACUCAGUGUAAUUCCAAUGGCAGUUCUUUAUGGAGUCUUCCUGUAUAUGGGAGUGGCAGCUUUGAAAGGAAUGCAGUAUGUGGAUAGGUUUUUGUUGCUCUUCAUGCCAACCAAGUACCAACCCGAUCAUAUAUACCUACGCCAUGUGCCUACCAAAACAGUUCAUUUGUUUACUCUUUGUCAAACUCUGUGUUUAAUUAUAUUGUGGGUGAUCAAGACAAUCAAAUCAGUUUCCAUUGUUUUUCCUAUCAUGGUGUUAGCAACAUGUUUUGUUCGCAAAGCUCUGGAUUAUGUAUUUACCCAGAGAGAACUAAAAUGGUUGGAUGACAUUAUGCCAGAUGCAUCAACCCGAGAAAAAGAAGACCUGGAAAUUAUGAAUAAUGAAGAAACUGAAGAAGGUGUACAGUUGCUUAGCCGUGAUGAAAAUGAAAAAUUGAUGGAAGUUCGAAUUCAACAUGAAAAGCCUUCUGAAAAGUUUGCCAGCCAUUUGUCUAGCAAUGAUUUAGACAGGGUGAACAUCUCUGAGGAAGUAAAUAAAACAGCUAUUUGGCUGCAAGUACGAAAUGAGAAGGAAAAUGCACCCUUAAAUUCAAAGUCUUCAGGGAGUUCUAGGCGAAAAAGAAAAUCAAAAGACAAAGACAAGCAUUCUAAAGAUGCAAAAGACGGGGAAGUAAAACCUCAUGAACCAAAAGCAGUUGAUUUUUAUAUUCAAGAAGCUGAUGACCCAGAAAGUGAAAGUAAAAUGUAAUAUGAGAUCAUCAUCACUGUUAUCAUAGUCAUCAUCACCAUCAUCAUGAUGAUAGGCUUCAUCAUCAUUAUUAUCACUAUCAUUAUCAUUAUUGUUAUUAAUUAACAUUAUGAUCAUCACUAACAACAAUAACAACAGCUAAAAUCAAAAUGAUAAAGAAAUAAGCUGUUUGAAUGUCAACAUCUGUGAGUGUGAUCUCAAAUUACAAGAGUUUCAAAUUAAAAAUGGUCAGGUAAAUUUCAGAAGACCGUCUUCCUUUUGAGAGGAUAGUAACAAUAUGGUUACAAAUAACUACUUGUGAUAUAUAUAUAUAUAUAUAUAUAUAUAUAUAUAUUACACGCACAUAUCUAUGUGUAUAUAAAUAAAUAU